AUGGCAAUUGACCACCGGAAGCUGCUAUCGGAACAAGAUUCCAACCAAACGUCAACCUGUUCUGAUUGUGGUCCAACAUGCCCUUACAAAUGCAGCUACCCAGAAAUCUUUUGGCCACCGCAACCACCACCACUACCUCCACACACCACCACCACUACCACCCACAUAUCACCUUACGUUAUCAUCAUAGUAGCCCUGCUUGGCAGCGCUUUUCUCUUUAUCAGCUACUACAUUAUCAUGGUAAGAUGCUGCACACGUUUCCGGCAGUUCCCCACCACACAAGUCUACAGUGAAACAGAAGAUUUUUCCGAUGAAGAUCAUGUAGGGUUUCAAGUUGAUCAUCCCAUCUGGUACAUCACCACCGUCGGCCUUCAACCAUCUGUGAUCAAUUCGAUUACUGUAAUAAAGUUUAAUAGAGGCGAUAACAUGAUUGAUGGCACUGACUGUUCGGUUUGUUUGAGUGAAUUUGAAGAUGAUGAGAUUUUACGAUUAUUGCCGAAAUGUAACCAUGCGUUUCAUAUCCCUUGUAUUGAUACCUGGUUAAGAUCGCAUACAAAUUGCCCACUUUGUCGUGCUGGCGUUUUGUCCAACACUUUGAGCGUGGAUUUGAGUCCGAAUGAUCGGAGCUUUUCGCAUGGGACUGGAUCAAAUCGAAAUACCCUGAUCGAGAAUUUAGAGAACCAUGGUGAUUUGGAUGGGAAUCAUGUCUCGGAGAGCGAAGUUUGUGAUGAUAUUGAAGAUUCAAAAACAGAGUAUGAGUCUGUAAUGACGGCAAGAAGGUCAAUUUCCAUGGAUUCGGUUGUGGUGGCAGAGAUUGUUGUUGGGGAAAUUGAAGGGGAUUUCGGCGAUUCACGGCGAUUUUCAAGACGUUGCUCGGUGGAGGAGAUUGAAGAACAUGAAGAGUGA